AAAGCCCUUUUAACUGUUGUUAUGGUCUUACAGCCAACGAGUGUGUGAAGACACAAUGACUGUGGUGAUUGGAUUUGAAGGCAGUGCUAAUAAGAUUGGUGUGGGUAUCAUCAGAGAUGGGGAAGUUCUGUCAAACCCCCGGCGCACGUACAUCACCCCACCUGGCCAAGGGUUCCUACCUGGCGAGACGGCCAAACACCAUCGCAGUGUGAUUCUCACUGUCCUCCAGGAGGCGCUUGAUGAAGCUGGGCUGAAAUCUGCAGACAUUGACUGUGUGGCGUACACUAAAGGGCCAGGAAUGGGGGCCCCUCUGGUGACAGUGGCAGUUGUGGCCAGGACAGUCGCCCAGUUGUGGGGCAAGCCAUUGCUGGGGGUGAACCACUGUAUUGGGCACAUAGAAAUGGGCCGUUUGAUCACCAAUGCCCAAAACCCCACUGUACUAUAUGUGAGCGGAGGAAAUACUCAGGUUAUUGCAUAUUCUGAACGACGUUACAGAAUAUUUGGAGAAACUAUCGACAUUGCUGUGGGAAACUGCCUGGACCGGUUUGCCAGGGUCAUCAAGAUAUCAAAUGAUCCCAGUCCUGGAUACAACAUUGAACAGAUGGCAAAGAAGGGAACCAAGUUUAUAGAGCUGCCAUACACGGUGAAGGGUAUGGAUGUGUCAUUUUCUGGGAUUUUGUCUUAUAUAGAGGACGCUGCUCACAAAAUGUUGAGUACAAGUCAGUGCACACCUGAGGAUUUGUGUUUCUCCCUACAAGAGACUCUGUUCGCUAUGCUGGUGGAGAUCACAGAAAGAGCCAUGGCUCACUGCGGCUCUCAGGAGGUUCUGAUCGUCGGCGGAGUCGGCUGUAACAUGCGUCUGCAGGAGAUGAUGGGGGUCAUGUGUAAGGAGAGAGGUGCUCGAAUCUUUGCCACGGAUGAGAGGUUUUGUAUAGACAAUGGAGCAAUGAUUGCACAGGCCGGUUGGGAAAUGUUCCGCUCGGGUCACGUCACAGAGCUGUCAGACUCCUGGAUUACACAAAGGUACAGAACAGAUGAAGUAGAGGUCACAUGGCGAGACUGAUGUUUUUGCUGCAACUGAUUACUUAUCAAUAUAAUUUGCACUAAAUGUCUAGUUGUAAUUCUUUUUUUUCAAUAAAGUCCAUGAUCCCAUCA